AAAAAAUUGUAAAAGGUCACCUAAAAUUGCUUGUGUGGACUUCGGUGCGCAUUCUGGGCGACAGGGCUCAAGCCGCUCCAGUUACAGUGUCUCAUUUUUAGCUUUCCUUGGCAUAUCAUCUUGGAAUCAAAGUGACGCGGUAUAUUUCGGUACACAUUCUAAAACUAUAUUAUCAAUGUUCCGUUUUCCAUAACUUCAACUUUUAAGAAUUCAAUAGCUAUGGAAUUAUGUUGCUUUAUCCAAUUAGCUGCUUUUUCUCUGCUGCUUUCAUUCAUGUCAGAAUAGAGGAUUUUAGCGUAAGAUUGAGUACUUCGCCAAUUAGGGUUAGAGUAUCUUAUUUGAUAAAUUGGAUUGGAAAUCAUAACGCCUUUUUAGCAAACUUUAAUGACCUCCAUGAAUGGCGCCACAACGCUUUAUGGAUCUGUGAUCCAUAAUUCCAUAUCACUUGUCUUUAAUAAGUAUCUAACUGGGUUAUUUAGGGCAGCCUCCCCAUUUUGGUUUUCCCUUAAUUGUGAAGUGGAGUAAUAUUUCCAAUUUUCCAUUGUCGGGUUUUAUUAAUAAAAGUGCUACCUUUGUCCGAUUAAUGUUAAACUGAUGGUUAACAUUAUUUUUUGCGGCAGGCAUAGUGGUCGCUCUAAACAGUUGCUUCAUCUAUAUUUGUCCUUGUCUUAGAAGAUUCUUAGCAAUUUUUUCAAUUCCUUUACACAAGCUCCUAUCUUAGAAAUCUGUUGAUUAGUUAAACAAGAAAACUUGUUGGACUCCUUAUGAACCAAGUGAAAAAGAUACACGCCCACACCCUAAGAAAUGGUCUAGAUUUUACUCAAUUCUUGAUGACUAAACUACUUGAAAUCCCAAACAUCCCAUACGCCCACAAACUGUUUGAUAAUACUCCUAACCCAGCAGUCUUCCUAUACAACAAGCUCAUUCAGGCAUACUCUUCUGAUGGGCCUCACUCCCAGUGUUUCUCUCUGUACAUCCAAAUGUGCCGUCAGGGAUGCUUCCCAAAUGCACACACUUUCACCUUCCUUUUUGUUUCUUGCUCCAGCCUUUCGAAUCUUAGGUUGGGCCAAGUUCUCCAUUCUGAUCUCAUCAAGCAUGGCUUUCUACUUGAUAUAUUUGCCUUAACUGCAUUGGUUGACAUGUAUGCUAAGACGGGCUCGAUUGCUUCGGCCCGAAGGCAAUUCGAGGAGAUGAAAAUAAGGGAUUUACCCACAUGGAACUCUUUGAUUUCUGGUUAUGUCAAGAAUGGGAAUAUGGAUGAAGCAUUGCAUUUAUUUUCAACAAUGCCUUCAAGGAAUGUGAUAUCUUGGACUACAAUGAUAUCAGGUUUCACACAAAACGGUCAGUAUGGGGAUGCUCUUGCCAUUUUUAGAGAAAUGGAAAAGGAGACUGAAGUGAGGGCAAAUCAAGUGACCAUAGCUAGUAUUCUUCCGGCGUGUGCAAAUCUUGGGGCUCUAGAGUUUGGAAAGAGAAUCGAGGCUUAUGCAAGGGAAAAUGGAUUCUUCCAGAAUAUGUUUGUUCGUAACGCUGUAUUGGAAUUGUACGUUAAAUGUGGCAGACUUGACACAGCAAUGGAAGUUUUUGUUGCCAUGGGCAAGAGGAGGAACUUAUGCUCUUGGAAUACUAUGAUCAUGGGCUUAGCCAUUCAUGGCAAAGGCACUGAAGCAAUCGGACUCUUCAACAAAAUGUUGGCUAUUCACAUUGACAAAACAUAUUCACAGACGUGUGUACUCAUGUGUACAAAAAAGUGUACAACCAACAGGGCUGAACAGCAAUUGCAGCCUCUUCAAGGGAGAAAGGAUUUCACCAGAUGAUGUUACAUUCGUUGGAGCAAUCAUGGCAUGCACACAUGGAGGAGGCAUGGUAGCAAGAGGAUGGGAGCUCUUCAUGUCCAUGGAAAAAAAGUACUCCAUUGCUCCCAAACUGGAGCAUUACGGAUGCAUGGUUGACCUUUUAGGACGUGCAGGCAAUUUGGAAGAAGCAUAUGAUCUUAUUCGAAACAUGCCAAUGAGACCCGAUUCUGUUGUUUGGGGGACUCUAUUGGGAGGGUGCAGUUUCCACUGCAACGUUGAACUUGCGGAGAAAGCAGCACACAUCCUAUCUGAAUUGGAACCAUGGAAUCCGGGAAACUAUGUCAUUCUUUCAAAUAUAUAUGCAAGGGCAGGGAGGUGGGAUGGGGUUAUGCGUCUAAGGAAGGAGAUGAAGGGAUCCCAAAUAAGAAAGGGAGCAGGUUACAGCUUCAUCAUUGAAGGAGGAGGCCAAAUGCAUAAGUUUAUUGUUGAGGACAAGUCACACCCAAGAACUAAUGAGAUAUAUGCACUUCUCAAUGACAUCGUAGACAAGUGUAAACUCUGUGUUAAUGGCAUCUAUAUUGAUUCUGAUUUUGCUGGGUAGGAGCCCUGAUUCUGAUUUUGCUGGGUAGGAGCCCUCACCCUCGACAGAAGUAAUUUUGACCAAAGUUGUAAAAGUAGAAAUUUUAGAAUGAACUUUAAAUCUUAAGAUUUUUAUUAUGUUAAUAAUUACCAAGAACUAGAGUAUGAAACAAACCUACGGAGUAUAAAUUUGCAAUUGACACUACUCGUCACUUAAAAAUUAGAAAUAUCGUGUCAUGAACUAGAUUUACAUGUACCUUUUAGUGUUAACAAUUAAAAAAAAUAAACAAUAAAUCUAAAAUAAAAAAAUUGCCCAAUAUAAGAGUAAAGCUUAAAACUUCCUAGUUCUAAAAUAUGACUUAUUUGAUCCUAUUAAAAAAAAAACUAAGUUCAUUCAUUCAUUGGAAACGAUACAUUUAUGCAGGUCUUUUAAUUUUAAAAAUAAUCUAAGUUCAUCCCCACAAUAUUAAAAUAUUAAAAAUUAAAAAAAUUAUUUUUAUAAAAAUAAAAACUUUAAAAAUAAAUAAAUAAUAGAUAAACUGCAUUAAAAAUACUACGGG